AUGUUCUAUGCGUGUAUGGCGAUACUGCUACUGUUCAUGAUCAUGUGUUCUUGUGUCACUUUGGCCAUCAUCGACCUCGAAAUGUACAAUUUCGGACUCUAUAUCGUUUUUGUUAUGUAUUGUUGGUCAGUUUCUCUCCGAUUUUCCUAUAAAAAUAUUGCAAAAAAAGAAAUCCCGUAAAUCGACAAGAUAGUUCUCCAUGGGGCGCGCUUGCCCUCUCCGAGCUGUUUUCUUCAUUUUUUUCGAAAAAUUUUGAAAUUUUUUGUCUUUAUUUUAAAAAAAGUAUGAGAAGUUGAAAGUUGCUUACUAAUAUGAGAUAAGAGAAAAUUUCGAAAAGAUGCUAAGAAAAACGCUGAAAAUUAGCAGAAAAAAGGCGGAACGUGUUUUUUUUUUUAAUUUCACGUUUUUGUCAAUUUUUAGCGCGCAAUUUAUUUGUAUAUUACCUUUUUAAGGCUUCUUAAUCAAAUUUGAAUAUCGAAAAUUAUUAUUCAAGGGAUAAAUAUGAAAAAAAUGCAAAAAAGUCGUUUCAGGAACAAUGUUGGCCUGUGCCCUUUGUAUAGCCAACCCACAGGCUUGUCCGAAUCCGCUUUGGUACACGGCUUUUUUUGUCUACUUCUUCAUGUAGGUUUCAUUUAGUUUAUUUUUCAUGAUCUUUACUUUUUUUCUUACCUCUGUUUUUUUGUGCAGAUUUAUAACACCCAAUCUUAAAAAAAUGGAAAUAUUCGAAAAACGCGGUAAAUAAUUAAAUAUUUUUGGCGAAUUUUUCGAGACUUUCAGGCUUAAAAUAUUAAAAAAACAUUUUUGUGGGGGAAAUAAGUAGAGAAUCAGCUUUCAGCUCUCGCAAUAAUAAUAUGACAUUCGAUUUUCAAGAAUGAAACUUCAAAAAAACCUUUUUUGACCGAUUUCCAUCGUCCUUGCAGUUCUUUAUCCUUAUGGAAUGGCAAUAAAAAGGAAUUCUGCAAUAAUUUUUUUAUUUUGAAACUUUUCCGUCAUGAUUUACCUGUUUCAAAUUGAAUUCCUUGAAUUUUUUUCGGCUUGAGCGUAUAGUUCAACUAAAAGAAAGUUAAUAAAAACGUUCAGGAACUGAAAAAAAUACGUUCCGAAGUACGAGAAAAGACCAAAUUUUGAUAAAGUGGUUUAUUUAGAGGGUAAAAAAAUUUUAUAAACGUAAAAAAAUAACGAGAAUAAUCUCUUUUACCCAGUUUAUAUAGAUCUUAUUUCAAAAAAAUCAAUAAAAAGAGAAUAAUUUUUUUCUGAUUUUUGAAGCCAUUUUAGUCCACUAUUAAAAGCCCAUAAAUUGUCAGAAAAAAACAUAUAAAAAAAUCGAGAAAAUAAUCGAAAAAUACGAUUUUUAGGCUAGAAUAACUAAUUUAUCCUCAUUAAAAAUUCAAAAUUUCAAUUUCUCUUGAUUCCAGCUUACGGAAGAAACUUGUCAGUCCUCUUUAUUUCAACUCAUAAAUUUUCAAAAUUCACUAAAAUUCAAAAAUUUUCCAGGAGCACAUGCAGGAGAUGUACCCAGUUCCACAGGAAGGCUCAUCUUCCCCAAAAAUGAGUGGUUUACGGGCUCAAAUGAGAAAUCACGUGGCCCAAAGUACGAUAGCUUCUGAUGACGGUACCAGGGCUACUGUGAGGUACGGUAUUCUCCGAAAAAUGUGCAAAUUUAGCUGAAAAUCGGUCAAAAACGUGUUGAGGCGCCUUUAAAAAGUUCAUAGACUCUCAGUUUUUUUCGAAUUUUUUUGGGAAAAAUUUAGUUUUCCAUAGAAAUAGUUCAUGAAGAAAAAGCUUUAUAAGGUGCUAAAAAAAUGCAAAAAUUUAUCAAAAGGUAAAAAUGACAAUGAAAAAAAGGGUUUCGCCUCAAGACCUUUAUAAAAUGACCUUAUGCUCCUUUAAUAACGAAAUAGUUAAAAAGUUUUUUUGACAAGAAAAACCUUAAUAUAUUGAAUUUUAUUGUAUAAGGAUAAAGAAACUACACUAAAAAAAUAAAAAACCAAAAAAAACUAGAAAAAAAACUCCCCGAGAUCAAAAAAUUUGACCUCUCCUGAAAAAAUUUUGACCAUAUUUUUUCAAGGAAUUUUUUCAGAAUUGGAAAAAUUGGGUAAUAAAAAACUGAAAAAUAUCUAAUUUUUUGCGUCUCUAGUCUGAUUUUUGGAAGAUUUUUUGAUUUUUGAACCGUUUUUUGUGGACUUUUUGAAGUAUGAAAAAAUCGUGUUAGCCAAAAAAAAAAGGUUUCGUGAGAAAUAUGGGCUAAAAUGUUCCUUUUUGUAUUAUUAUUAAAAAAAUAAUGACCUUUUUUUAUGGCUUAAAAAAACGGAGAUUUUUGUCAAAAAAAUAAGGUUUCGAUCGUUUCUUUUUUUGUAUUCUCAAUGAGGAUUAUUAUAAAAAUUUAACUUUGUACAUUUUUUUCCUUCUCUAUGGAAAAAUAAACUAGUUUCUUUUUCCAGGAACGAGUCAAGGGCAACUGUGGCGAUGUUGGCGCCAGCCGUUCACAUUAUGCAUCAGGUUCAUCUUCAUUUUCAAUAUUUUCAAUCGAAUCAACUUUUAUAACAACAACUACAUGAGCUUCUGAAACUUUUAGUUCAGGUUUUGACAGGCUCCGCCUCUUUUGUGGAUUACUGUAGCCGAAAUAUGAAAAAAAUCUAACUUUGUUCUCCAUGGUCCAAAUCGAAUGAAACUUUUUUUAAACGAAAGCCAGUGCCAAAAUAAACAUUUUUUGUAUACCAACUUUCUUUUGAAUAUUUUUUUCAAUUCGAAAAAAUUUGUUUUUCAUUGAAAAUCGCGCAUUUUUUUCAGUUUUUUUGAGGUUUUAGGCAGGAAGAACCUCCCGAUCCAUGAAAUUUUAUUUUUUUUAAAUUCAUGUUGCUUUUUUCGAGCUCAUACUUUCAUUACAACAACUACAUGGGCUUCUGAAACUCUUAGUUAAGGUUUUGACAGGCUCCGCCUCUUUUGUGGAUUACUGUAGCCGAAAUAUGAAAAAAAUCUAAAUUUGUUCUCCAUGGUCCAAAUCGAAUGAAACUUUUUUUAAACGAAAGCCAGUGCCAAAAUAAACAUUUUUUGUUUACCAACUUUCUUUUGAAUAUUUUUUUCAAUGCGGAAAAAAAAAUACUUUUCAUUCAACUUCUGCAGUGACCACCUUAAUUUAGCUAUUUUGUUCCUUAUAGGGGCUUUUUUUUCCCUAACCCUAUAGUGUCCAUUCUGGCGUUCCUAAGUUCAAAACUGGGAAUAACAAAGGUCUCGAAACGAAGUUAGACUUGGCAUACGGUCAUUCUAGGCAAAAAUAAACAAGGGUAGCUGGUCACAACAAAAGUUAUUAUAUAGCCUUAGGAACGCCAGAAUGGACACUAGAGAGGUUACGGAAAAAGCAGCCCCUUUAGGCCUGCAUUUAAUUUUUCGCUAUAGGAUUUCAAGGGCUGAUUUCCGAGAUUAUAAAUUCUGAGUGGUCCCUUUAGUGAUAUUUUAAUUUUUGUUCUAAUUCAACUUGAUCGACCACUAGCAGGCUCCCCUAGAGUGGACACUUUUGUAAGCUUCAGCCCUCCUAUUUUAAGGAAGCCACUCUAGUGACCACUCAGAGCGCAAAGGGGCGUGGCUCUCUAAAAACCAGGCGCUGCUUUGUUUUUUUCAAAAUCGUGUCAAGACCCAUUUUUCGAUUUUUAUAAAAUUUCCCUUUUUCUAGGUUUGGAAAGGGAUGGCCUGGGUGACAGACGGAAUCGAAGAAGAGGACGAGGACACCCGAAUGUCCCAAUACGACAAAAUGGAACAGGUAAAAAAUUAUUGAUUUUAUUGAUUUUAUCCAUUUUUUUCCAGGGAACUUCCGAUGAAACCCGAUCGAAUAGUGCCGUCAAAAGGCUUUCGACGAUUGCCGAGAGUAGUUCUUGUAUUUUACGGGAAAUUGUGGGUUUUUUGAGUACAGUAGAGCGAAAUUGCUCACUUAUUCGAUUUAAAAAUGAGAAGGCCUUCUGAGGGAAUUCUGAGGGGUCCCUAUAGGGGUUAGGGGCCGAAAAAGUGGUCCCUACUGUGGUUAAAUCAAGGUGGUCCCUAUAGGGGUUCAGGGUCUGUCCUCAUAGUCCCUAAAGCUUAAGUGGUCCCUAUAGGGAUAAAAUCAAGGUGGUCCCCAUAGAGUUUAGGGUCUGUCCCAAUAGUCCCUGAAGUUUAAGUGGUCCCUAUAGGGGUUAGGGGCCGAAAAAAGGUCCCUACGGUGGUAAAAUCAAGGUGGUCCCUAUAGGGGUUCAGGGUCUGUCCCCAUAGUCCCUAAAGCUUAAGUGGUCCCUAUAGGGGUUUUCAAAGACUUUUUUCAGUUCUCAGAACGUCAGAAAAAAACUUCAACUCUACUUUAUUCCAGUACUUUUAAAAACCCUUGAAGGACCUCUUGAGAAUCUCAUUUUUGAAACUUCUCGAUUUUCACUUCCCCAGCUACUCCAUCAAGUCCACCAAAAAUUUUGUGUUUAACAUUCGAAAAACGGAAUCGAACCCUUAAGGGACCACUGAAACGUAUUUUUCCAGGUUUUCAAGCAAAAAUCUUCAGAAAAAAAAACCCUUUAGGUGCCACUAAACGGCUUUUUUCAUUCUAGCAACUAUUCCACAUGUUUUGCCAAGUGAAAACAUUAAUUACAAUAUAAGCUAGCCCUUAAGUGACCACUUAGGCUUCAAUUUUGUAGUUUUGAGACUUUUCAACUUUUUAGAGUCUUUAUCAAGGUAAAAAAUGAAUUUGAACCAACUUUUUCACUUCUUAAAAUGUUAAGUGGCCACUUUAGGGUUUUGAUGUUUUAAAGGCCACUAUAGCAGUUAAUCUAGUGGCCACUCAAGUGGUUUAAAAUGAGUGGCCUCUUUAGGAGUCUUGGUGGUACGGCUAGAUCACUAUAGUGGCCACUAAGACGCAAAAAAGCGGCUUCUAUAGAUGGAGUUUUAGUGGCGCUUUAGUGUCUCCUCCAAGUGGUCCUUGAGAAACCUUUAAAACUUUUUCUCAGUGCAUCUCUGGCUUUUAUUUUCUUACAAAACGCUCAAGUGACCCCUUAAGAAAUUCACAUUUUUCAGCCUCAAGACGAAAUUUUUCUCGCUUCAAAUAUAUAUAUUAAAAUGAUAGGGAUCACUUUAGGGUUUUGACGUUGGCCACUAAAUUGAUCGAUUUAGUGGCCACCCAAGUGGUUUAAAUGAGUGGUCUCUUCAGGAGUUUUUAAACUGUGGUACUACUAGACCACUAUAGUGGCCACUAAGACGCAAAAAAGUGGCUUCUAUAGAGGGAGUUUUAGUGGCCACUUUGGGGUCCUCUACAAGUAGUCCUUAAAGAACUUUUGGCUACCAGAUUUUUCCUAGUUUAUCUUUAGGAAGUCCAGAGUGGUACUUUCAGAGAAAACCUUGAAGGCUCUCGAAGAGUCCCCUGUAAUGAUCACUUCACCAACCCCUAUAGGGUCUAAAGCUUGCAAAAGUGGUCCCUAAAGGGGCUUCAAUUAGUGUGCCGAUUUAUAAUUAUACGAAUAAAACUGUAGGCCCCUAUAGGGACCACUCAAGUCAGACUCCAAACUCCUUUAAGGACCACCUUAAUUUAACCCUAUAGAGACUACUUUUCGGCCUCCACAAGGGCUGUUCCACCCCUAGCCCCUAAAGGGACCACUCAAGCUUUAGAGGCUAAGGGGUCAGACCCUGAACUCUUUUAAAAGAGCACCUUGAUUUCCCCCUAUAGGGACCACUUUUUCGGCCUCCGUAGGGGCUGUUUCCCCCUAACCCCUUAUAGGGACCAUUUUAAAACUCCUGAGUCUCUCUGAAUUUUUCUUCCUAUAAAACGCUCAAGUGACCCCUUAAAAAAAUCACAUUUUUUUCAGCUCCAAGACGAGACCAACAGCAGUGAGAUCAACUCGCGGAACGACGUUAAUUUGUGA